AUGAUUAACCUUAGCGUAUUCCACUCUUCAUUGUAUUGUUUUGGGUUCGGGCAUUUGACUUACUCCGUGGGUCUUAUGACUUUUAAAGUUGGGAAGGUGAUUAAAGAUUACAUUGGACAUUUUAUGGAGGCCAAUCGAAUAAUGUCACCUAUAUAUAGUGAAAUUACAUAUGGAUACAUAUCGAGCAUAGAUGUCCGUAAUCCACUCGAAAAACAAGAUGAAGAUCAAGGCGAUUACAAAUCGAAUAUAGAGGAGGUCAAUCGGAAUAACAAUAUUGGUUUUAAUGGAAUUAAUGACAAGAGAGAUGUUUUAGGUGUUCGUUUGGCUACUACUAUCCCCGGUAGUAAUGGCUUUAAUGAGGGGAGUAAUCAUACUAUGGUAAUAAGCAUAAUGUCUUGUAUGUCUAAUGUUAUUGUGAUAAAUGAAGGAGUGAAGAUAUUAGAUACUAGGGGAAAGGGAAUGGAGGUUGAUCGGCUUCUAUGGCAUGCCCGAGCAUUCGUGGUGAUGGGAGUUAUGGGAUCCGCUCUAAGGCUAGUGCAAGCAUCUCCUUUGCCGAGGUGUUGUAUUGGUGACUUUAAUGACAUUUUGUUUGCUUCGAAAAACGAGGUCAUGUUUGGUAGUCUUUGUGGUUGA